AUGGCACGGAAACUCCUAUUGUCUUUUGUUAAACUCUGUACAGUCGCCAUUUUCCUUUCGUGGAUUCAGGAUGUUAGAGUAAGCUGCCAAGUGACUACAGAACCAACUGAAACUACAGAACCAAAUGUAUCUACGGAAUCUAUGGUAACUACAGAACCAAAUGUAACUACAGAAUCAAUGGUUACUACAGGACCAAAUGUGACUACAGAACACAGUGCAACUACUAAACCCAAUGCAACUACAGAACCAACUGUAACUACAGAACCCGGUGUAACUACACAGCCCAAUGUAACUACACAACCCAAUGAAAUCACAGAACAUAUUGCAACUACAAAACCCGAUGUAACUACGGAGCCCAUGGAAACUACAGAACCCGUGGUAACUACAGAACCAAAUGUAACUACAGAAUCAAUGGUUACUUCAGGACCAAUUGUGACUACAGAACCCAGUGCAACUACUAAACCCAAUGCAACUACAGAACCAACUCUAACUACAGAACCCGGUGUAACUACACAGCCCAAUGUAACUGCGGAACCCAUGGUAACUACAGAACCCAUGAUUACUACAGAACCCAAUGUAACUACAGAACCAAUGGCAAAUACAGAACCCAUUAUUACUACAGAACCAAAUAUAACUACACAACCCAAUGUAACUACACAACCCAAUGAAAUUACAGAACCUACUAUAACUAAAAAACCGAUGUAA